UACCUUGCUAAAGCCACACUCCGCACCAUUCCGUUUUUGCAUUCCAAAUCUGCCAGAGCAAGUUUCAGGCUUUCAGCAGCAGAAUAAUGGCAACCAUCUCCGCCAGCACCCCGACCACAUCCAUCGGCCGCCCAGGUCUGGUGCACAAGCGACCUCUCGGGGCCUCUUCCUCUCCUAUCCUGGGGUUGCCGGCAAUGGCUAAGGUUGGACGAAUAAGAUGCUCCUUGGAGGAUAGGAAGCCCUGUGUUAAGAAAAGUGAGUCGAAGCUGGGGAUGGGGGCAUCUUUGAUGGCGGCUGCCAGCGCUGCGGUGAUGUCAGGCCCAGCCAUGGCUUUGGUGGACGAGAGGAUGAGCACCGAAGGAACAGGGCUUCCCUUUGGCCUCAGUAACAACGUCCUAGGUUGGAUCCUCUUCGUCGUCUUUGCUCUCAUUUGGGCUCUCUACUUUGUCUAUGUCGGGGGUCUUGAAGAGGAUGAGGAGUCUGGAUUGUCCCUCUAAUUUUUCUGUCUGCUGCCUUGUAGAAAUUGCCGAAAUCCAGUCUCUUUAUGUUGUAUUAAUUAUUAAAUCAACCUUAUCAAUCUGUUCCCGGGAAUUAAUUCCUCAUCUUUGAACUCCAAAA